CCACACACUGAAACCCCCCGGCCACCGCAGCCAUCAUCUUCUCGCGGGAUCUGGCUUGGCUCUCGUCCGCCAUAUUUCGCCCUGCCAGUAUUUUGGUUUCGUCUCCAGCCUAGAAGCAAAGAGGAGUCAUCAUCAUCCCAUAGAAAGUGCUGCUGGGAGAGGAGGGACCGUUACGUUUCGGGUCUCGUGACGUCAGAGAAGCUUGGUUCCGCCGGCGGAGCGCGGGCCACUGUGGACUGGGCCGUACGGAGACCGUGAGGCCGGAACCGCUGCAGUGUGGCGGAGGGGGGGGAGGUGGCGGUGUGAUUGCCGGGGCAGCAGAAGCAGCGCUUGUCCCCCUCCCCCCCUGCUGGAACCCAGUAGGCUAGUCAGGGCAGGCUGACUGACGGGUGUCGCAGCCACCACGCCGGCCCAUAGUCCGAGCUGGCGGCGGAGGAAGAAAAAGGCUGAGAGAGAAUGCGGUGAGGGUACGGUUCUGAAAGUCUGUAAGGGCACUUGAGCAGAGCAUGCUUUCAACAAUGAGAUGAGGUUGGGUUCCAACCAGAACUGUCCAGUAGAACAGUUCAGCACAGGCAAUAUACGAAUGGCCCAAGGAAGCUCGCAAGUUGACUUUCAGGUUUUAAAUGACCUGCGACAAAAAUUCCCAGAGGUGCCUGCAGUAGUUGUUUCACGGUGCAUGCAACAGAACAACAAUAAUCUGGAUGCUUGUUGUGCAGUCCUUUCUCAAGAAAGCACAAAAUACCUAUAUGGUGAAGGCGACUUGUCCCUCACAGAUGAAAGUGGCAUUGUUGGUUUAAGAAAUCACAUGACAUCCCUUAAUUUGGAUUUACAGUCUCAGUACCAUGAGGUCAGGGAUGGAAGUAGAAUGAAUGGAAGCAGUAGGACUUUGACUCACAGCAUAAGUGAUGGCCAUCUUCAAGAAGGGCAGCCCAACAAUGAACUGUAUCAGCAAGAGCCACAGACUGCUCCUGCUAAUGUGCCUUCCAGUUUUAAUGUUUUUGGGGUGCCCAAUAACCCUUCAAAUCCUGGUCAUCAGUUUGGACUCCAUUUAGGCAGCAAAAGUUCAUCUGGCUUGCAAACCCCCAGAUUCAACCCCAUCAUGGUUACCUUGGCUCCAAAUAUUCAGUCUACUCGUAAUACUCCGACGUCUUUGCAUAUACAUGGUGGGCCCCCACCUGUGCUUAAUAGCCCACAUGGAAAUUCCAUCUAUAUUAGACCUUAUUUCACUUCCCAAAGUGGCACAACACGACAAACACCCCAGCAAUCUGGUUGGAUGUCUCAGAUUCCCACACAACAGCAAGUUUUUCAGCCUUCACACCCAAAUCCUUGGACGACGCUUCCUUCUUCUUAUACUCAGUCACAUACCUCAGCACAAUCUAAUCAACAGGGUCACCAGACUUCUCAUGUGUAUAUGCCUAUUAGUUCACCUACAACUUCACAAGCGCCUGUGCUUCAUUCAUCGGCAGGUAGCGGCCAACCUUCCACCCAGUACAACAUUCAGAAUAUCUCAACUGGUCCCAGGAAAAAUCAAAUUGAAAUUAAACUUGAACCUCCACAAAGAAUCAAUCCAAACAUGCUGCGUUCCCAAAGUUCUCGAAGUUCUACUAAUCCCUCUACUUUGAACACCCCAACAAGGAACCAGCCCACUGUUUACAUUGCAAGCCCCCCAAACACAGAUGAGAUUAUUAACCGUAACCAACCAAAGGUGUACAUUUCAGCUCCUGGUGGUGAUGACCAGGUUGUUAGGAAUCAGCCUACUCUCUUUAUUUCAACAAAUCCAGGUGCUGCAAAUGCAGCAAGGAAUGUCUCUGGUCAAGUAAGCAUGGGGCCCGCUUUCAUUCAUCACCAUCCACCUAAAAGCCGAGCUCUUGGAAAUAAUAGCUCAGCCACUUCUCCACGUGUGGUAGUGACUCAGCCCAACACAAAAUAUACUUUUAAGAUAACAGUCUCCCCGAACAAACCACCUGCAGUUUCCCCAGGAGUUGUGUCCCCAACGUUUGAGCCCACAAAUCUUCUUCCAUUUGCAGAAUCAGAAGGGAUCCAUCAUUUAACAGACCCUGUUGUAGGACAUGAUCGAAUAAAUGAUGCAAGGAAACUAAGUGUGGGGUCAGAUGAUGCAGCAUAUACACAAGCUCUACUGGUACAUCAGAAGGCAAGAAUGGAGCGACUUCAUCGAGAACUUGAAGUGCAAAAGAAAAAGCUGGAUAAACUUAAAACGGAAGUCAAUGAAAUGGAAAACAAUCUUACUGGGAGACGCCUAAAUAGGUCGAAUUCCCUUUCCCAGAUUCCAUCACUGGAAGAAAUGCAGCAGUUAAGGAGUUGUAACCGACAGCUGCAGAUUGACAUAGACUGUCUCACCAAAGAAAUUGACCUUUUUCAGGCAAGAGGGCCUCAUUUUGAUCCCAGCGCUAUCCAUAAUUUCUAUGAUAACAUUGGAUUUCUCGGUCCAGUGCCACCCAAACCUAAAGGUACAGCAUCAGUUGAUCAAAGGUCCACUGUCAAAACACCAAAGAAUGUUCCAGACACAGAAGAAGAUGAGGGAGCUCAUUGGAAUUGCACUGCAUGUACUUUUCUAAACCAUCCUGCCUUAAACCGUUGUGAACAGUGCGAUAUGCCAAGGCAUUACUGAGCCAGUAGGUCUAUUUUCAUUGGAAAUUCAAGAAGAAAAGCAUAAUUUUUGAAUUAUAAUACCUCAGUUUAUUUAUAAAAA